GCCGUUCAUUCAACCUCCAGCUUCAAACAUUUUCUCCGCAAUCACAAAUCAACCACAUUUCCGCUAGUGAUUAAUCUCUCACAAUGGCGGACACAGCAGUCUUCGAUACACCACCGGCUCAAGUUCCCACAGACACACCUGAAGAAGAUGAUUCGACGCCGAAUGACGACAAUGCCCUCGUCGCACAGCAACAGUCAGAAGAAUCGACAGCUAUGACUGCCACCGAUACCGCCGCUGACGGCACAGUGAAGAAAACGAAGAAGAUCAUCCGACGAAAGCGACGACCUGCGCGACCACAAGUUGACCCGGCGACCGUCAAGGCUGAGCCGCCACCGCAGACCGGAACGGUGUUCAAUAUCUGGUAUAACAAAUGGUCCGGCGGCGACAGGGAGGACAAGUAUCUCUCGAAGACGGCGGCGACAUCACGGUGCAAUAUUGCGAAGGAUAGUGGGUAUACGCGCGCGGAUAAAGUGCCGGGUUCUUAUUUUUGUUUGUUCUUUGCUAGGGGGGUACGUCUAGUGUUCUUUCUUCUUAUCUUCCCGACAUCUGCGCUGUCUCUACAGCACGCGCGAUCAAACUUUAUAGCUAACAAGUUGAUUGUACAGGUCUGCCCCAAGGGCCACGAAUGCGAAUAUCUCCACCGCCUCCCAACCCUCCACGACCUUUUCAACCCCAACGUCGACUGCUUUGGCCGGGACAAAUUCAGCGACUACCGCGACGACAUGGGCGGCGUGGGAUCUUUCAUGCGCCAAAACCGUACACUCUACGUUGGCCGCAUCCAUGUAACUGACGAUAUUGAAGAAGUCGUCGCGCGCCACUUCGCAGAAUGGGGGCAGGUCGAUCGAAUCCGAGUCCUCACUUCCCGCGGUGUCGCCUUUGUCACGUACACGAAUGAGGCGAACGCGCAGUUUGCUAAGGAAGCCAUGGCACAUCAAAGUCUGGACCAUAGUGAGAUUCUCAAUGUGCGGUGGGCGACGGUUGAUCCGAAUCCAUUGGCGCAGAAGCGGGAGGCGAGGAGGCUGGAGGAGCAGGCUGCUGAGGCGGUGAGGAGGGCGUUGCCGGCAGAUUUUGUGGCGGAGCUUGAAGGGAGGGAUCCUGAAGCGCGAAAGAGGAAGAAGAUUGAGGGGAGCUAUGGCCUCCAGGGGUAUGAGCCGCCAGAUGAGGUGUGGUUUGCUAGAGCGAAGGAGUUGGAGGGACCUGGUGGGGAAGAGACGAGGGAGCUUGAAGCUCCGGAGCAACCACUUAUGAUUGAAUCUGCUUCCACGGCACAAGGUGAAGUUGGUGGCAGCAGAAUAUUCUCAAGCUCGACGGUUGCUGCGUUGAGGGGGCUGAACGGUGGUAAUGUGACUACAAAACAGGCGCCACAGGCUUCUGGGCCUCUGGUGGCGUACGGAAGUGAUGAUGAGAGCGACUGAUUUUUACGAUUCGCAAUUAUUUUAGAUGUAUAAUAUAAGAGAUACCUGACUUCCUUUGUCAAAAUCCUCUAUUCUUCUGUGUUCGAAUCGAGGCGUCUGGGUAUAAUUCCGUAUAAAACUGUCGCUGAGAGGAGACUGAGUGCCAUGCGUGGCUUUAAAAAAAAUAUGUACGACAUCACACAUUUCACAUACCACAUGAGACGUCGUAUAAUCUGUCGGUGUUCUUACCGGUCAUUCCCAGUUUUCAGGUCAUAGUUGAUACAUGACCCUGUCCGGAAGUUGUAGAUGAAAGCGUUGCUGGAAGUUUCUGCGCCGUCCGCUCGGCUCUCGCUCGCAAGGUCCAGGAGCAAGUCCUGCACUUGGCCAAGAUACUUUCGCUCUGUGAGAGGCGCGUUCUGAAUGACGGCGCGCCAACUGUCGGGGUCUGAGAGACGGGUAUCCCUAAUUGCGUCGAGCAAGUCGUCGCGAGUGUCUAUUGCGGCAAUUGGGCCUUCCAAUGCUUUUUCAACUACCUCUCUAGAGCGCAACAAGGCUGUUUUUGUUAGUCUAGAUGGUACAAUUUCUGGGUUCAACCUACCUGACUCAACGAUGUUCCUCCUGU